AUGGAGCAGCAAUCAAACCGGGCGCAUCGCCCCUCCAAGGAGAAGAAGAAGUAUGAAGGUGCCAAUCCGAAGGCAUUUGCGGUCUCGAAUCCGGGGAAGUUGAACAAACAGGCGGCUCGAUCGCAUGAUAUCAAAGAAAAACGUCUCCAUGUGCCUCUUGUUGACCGUAUUCCUGAAGAGGCCCCUCCAGUGAUCGUGGCAGUGGUUGGACCUUCGGGAGUCGGAAAAACAACCCUCAUCAAGUCCCUGAUUCGCCGUUAUACCAAGCAAACCCUCAGCACUCCCCAAGGACCCUUGACCGUCAUCACAUCGAAAAAGCGGCGCCUGACGUUCCUCGAAAGUCCGUCAGAUUCCCUCGCGAGUAUGAUCGAUGUGGCCAAGAUUGCGGAUAUUGUGCUUCUCAUGAUCGAUGGAAACUAUGGCUUCGAAAUGGAGACUAUGGAGUUCUUAAACGUCUUGGGUUCCCACGGUAUGCCUGGAAAUGUGUUCGGUAUCCUAACCCAUCUGGACCUGUUCAAGAAGCAGAGCACCCUGAAGGCGGCAAAGAAGCGGCUCAAGAACCGUUUCUGGAGCGAACUGUACAACGGCGCAAAGCUGUUCUAUCUUUCCGGCGUCGUGAACGGCCGCUAUCCGGACCGCGAAGUCCACAACCUUUCCCGCUUCUUGUCUAUCAUGAAGAACCCUCGACCACUCAUCUGGCGUAACUCCCACCCAUACGCUCUCGCGGAUCGCUUUUUGGACAUCACCCCGCCGACACAGAUCGAAGAAGACCCGAAAUGUGACCGGACAGUGGCUCUUUACGGUUAUCUACGAGGCACGAAUUUCCCCGCUACGGGUGCGCGAGUUCACGUUCCCGGUGUUGGCGACCUGACCGUGUCAGAAAUCGAAGGUCUCCCCGAUCCUUGCCCGACUCCCUUCAUCGACCAGCAGAUGGCCAAAGCAACUGGCAAGGAUGCCAGACGCAGACUAGGAGACAAGCAGAAGUUGCUUUUUGCCCCCAUGUCCGACGUCGGUGGUGUUUUGGUUGACAAAGAUGCGGUUUACAUCGAUGUCAAGACCCAGAACUUCAACAGAGAUGAGGACGACGAGGAGGAGGAUCCAGACCGUGGACUGGGAGAACAAUUGGUUGUUGGCCUGCAGGGUGAAAGAAAACUGCUCGGUGAGGCAGACGCCGGCGUCCGCCUAUUCCGCGGUGGUGGUGCCAUUGACAAGGCCGACGACGAGGACGAGGAAACUGGCCGGACGAAGAGACGGAGCAUCAACGCCCUCGAAGGUGAAGAGGAUGGUCAAGGUCUUUCCGGAGAUGACGAUGAGGGCUCUGAAAGCGGCGAGGGCGAUGAGGAUGAGGAUGAAGGUGAGGACGAGGACGAGAUAGGCGGCGACGAUGACGAAGAAGUGGAUGUUCCCGCUCCGGCAGAUUUCGAGACCUCGUUUAAGGAGAGGCAGAAUGGCAACACCCAUCGUGAAGAAAGCGAUCUUGCAUUCGCCGACAGCGACUCCGACCUGGGCUCCAUUUCAUCCGCAGAAGACCAGGUCUUGGAUGAUGACGAUGAUGACGAUAUGGAGGACGAAGAAGAAGAGAGCGCUAUCCGAUGGAAAGAAAACAUGCUCGCCAAUGCCCAAUCUCUUCAUGGAAAGGCCAAGUUCCGUGUCACCGAUUUAUCGCGGAUUCUGUACGACGAUUCUGUCGCCCCCGCGGAUGUGAUGAAGAAGUGGUCCGGAAAGGAAGACAGUGAUAAGGACAACGAUGAGGAAGAUGAGGACGAAGAAGACGGUGAAGACGACUUCUUCAAGAAGACCAAUGCUGAGAAGGAAGAGCUAGCCGAUAAUCGCGCCAUCCCAGAAUUUGACUACGAGCAACUGGAAAAGAAAUGGCAGGAUGAGGAGAGACUUGAAGCCUUGCGAAGCCGUUUCGUCACCGGUAAACUGUCCCGUGGCGACGACGAUGAUGAUGAUGAUGACGAAGACGUCGACGACGCCUUCGACGAGGACGAGGACGAUGAAGGAGACGGAGAGUUCGAGGAUCUGGAGACGGGUGAGACAUUUGGAAAGGAAGAGGACGAGGAAGAGUCAGAGUCAGAGAAGAAAGAGGAAGGCCCCGUUGACCUUGACGCCGAACGUGAGCGCAAUGCAAAGAAGAAAGAAGAAUUGCGACUACGGUUCGAGGAGGAAGACCGCGAAGGCUUUGGAAAACAGAAGGAUAACUCUCGCGGCGAUGGCGAUGAGGAAUUUGGCGAAGACGAAUGGUACGAUGCGCAGAAGGCUAAGCUGCAAAAGCAGCAGGACAUCAACCGCGCAGAAUUCGAUACGUUGGACCCUGCUUCGAGAGCUCGAGCGGAAGGCUUCAGAGCCGGUACUUACGCGCGUAUCGUUCUCGAAAAGGUGCCGUACGAAUUCGCCGCCAAGUUCAAUCCUCGCUUCCCUCUCAUUGUCGGUGGACUGUCUCCUACGGAAGACCGGUUCGGUUACGUGCAGAUUCGUAUCAAGAGACAUCGUUGGCACAAGAAGAUCUUGAAGAGCAACGAUCCCCUGAUCUUCUCCCUUGGCUGGCGUCGCUUCCAGUCCAUCCCCAUUUACAGUACAUCGGAUAGUCGAACGCGGAACCGUAUGCUUAAGUACUCCCCUGAGCACAUGCACUGCUUCGGAACGUUCUAUGGACCUCUCGUCGCGCCAAACACUGGAUUCUGUUGUGUGCAGUCGUUCUCGAACAAGAAUCCCGGCUUCCGUAUUGCCGCCACGGGAACCGUGCUCAGCGUCGACGAGCACACGGAGCUCGUGAAGAAGCUGAAGCUGACCGGUUACCCGUACAAGAUCUUCAAGAACACCGCCUUCAUCAAAGACAUGUUCAACAGCUCUCUUGAAAUCGCCAAGUUUGAAGGCGCCUCUAUCCGCACCGUCUCCGGCAUCCGAGGUCAGAUCAAGCGGGCCCUCAGCAAACCUGAGGGCUGCUUCCGUGCCACCUUCGAAGACAAGAUCUUGAUGAGUGACCUCGUCUUCCUCCGCGCAUGGUACCCGAUCAAGCCGCAUCGCUUCUACAAUCCUGUCACCAACCUCCUCGACUUGCCGGAGGACGGUUCCCACGGCGACUCCGGAUGGCAGGGAAUGCGGUUGACGGGCCAAAUCCGCCACGACGAAGGCAUCGCCAUCCCCACAAAGAAGGGCGCUGAUUACCGCCCUAUCGAUCGUCCAGAACGCCACUUCAACCCUCUCCGCGUGCCCAAGCAGCUUGCUGCAGACCUUCCCUUCAAGUCACAAAUCACCAAGAUGCGUUCCAAGAAGGACCAGACGUACAUGCAGAAACGGGCUGUGGUUCUUGGGGGCGAGGAAAAGAAGGCCCGCGACCUCAUGCAGAAGCUCACCACUCUGCGCAACGACAAGCAUGCCAAGCGCGCUGCAAAGCAGGAGGAGCGUCGCCAGGUCCAUCGCGCCAAGGUGGCUGACAGCCUGGAGAAGAAGAAUGAGCGGGAGAAGCGUGAGCGGGAUGAUUACUGGCGUCGCGAGGGUAAGAAGCGGAAGAACACGGAUGGUGAAUCUGGUGGUGGUGGAGGAGGGAAGAAGCGCAAGUGA